AUGCCACCCAAAAAACGCAAUUCCGGGACACAGAAAGAACCUGUCAAGCCCACUGUUGAAGCUGCAGCUGAGUCAGACAAGAAGGACGGCUCAGUUUUAUCUUUGAAAAAACACCGGGAUAAAGACACAGAUUUUGCCAUCUUCUGCAAGAACCUGCUUGUGUCAGACCUGGUGUGUGAGCAGACCUGGAAACUCUGGAAAACAGUGCAAGAAACCGUGAAUGAAGUGGUGGAUGGCCGCAUGCAGCUGUGGGGGGCUUGUCUUUUUGUGACUGUGACAGACCUAGAUGCAGCAUCUUUCACCUUAACUCAGCUUUUGAAGACUAUCAAGAUAAACCUCAAGGGGUUUCUGGGCCUGGUGAGAAAACUUGAUGUGAAUCUGGAUACUAUCAGUACAAAAGUGAAUGCUGCGGUAAUGAGGCUGGAGAAGAAGUAUGAGGUGACACUGGCUCUUUACCAACGGUUUGAAAAAAUAUGUAAGAAUAUAUUUGUUAUGGGCACAAGUGAAGGAAACCAGGAUCUUGCACGAAGCUGCUGGACUCUGUUUCUUUUAGCCAAAGGAAAAGCUCUGCAGAUGGAGGACGACCUGGUCAUAUCUUUUCAGUUGCUUCUUUGUGCGAUGGAAUAUUUUAUUAAGCGGUCCCCUGCAGACCUUGUGCAACCUCUUUACAAGUCUGUCAUCAUAGUCCAGAGUCCUCCUACACGAACCUCACGCCGGAGCCAAAGUAAAGCCAAGUCACGCCUUCCUGAGUCAGAGCUGAACGUGCAGUUGUUGGAAAACUUAAGCAAAGACAAUGACUGCAGCGCUGAAGAGGUGAAGAACGUAUACCAGACGAGCUUCACAGCUUUCUUAGAGUCAUUGGAUCUGUUAAAAGCUGUAGAUUUACCUCAGGUUAACAGUCUGAACCAGCUGUAUGAAGAGCACUACCUCAAGGAGAGGGACUUUGACGCCCGACUUUUUUUGGACGGAGAUGAGACCGUUCUUGCUCCUAAAAUGGAAAUAGCCGAAGUGGAAAAAACGCCAAAGAAGACUAUGCAGGAAGAUGGCGUCCGCAUCCCGCCACAAACACCAAUCAGGGCUGCAAUGACAUCUAUUCAACAACUUAGAGGUGAUCUUGUCUCCAAUGGAGACAAGCCCUCUACCAAGCUGAAUACUUAUUUUAAGAAUUGCACAGUUGAUCCUACACAGAACGUGCAGAAGCGACUGGACAUUCUUGGACAAACCUUCAGCCAAAGAUUCAGCCAGGCUGUUGGUCCUCGUUUUAUUUCUACUGGGAAACAACGAUACACUCUUGGUGUCAGACUGUAUUAUAAAGUGAUGGAGGCGAUGCUCAAAUCGGAGGAGAAAAGACUCUCUGUGCAAAAUUUUAGUAAAUUGCUCAAUGACUCAACAUUUCACACGUCUCUUCUGGCUUGUGCUCUGGAAGUUGUCAUGGCAACCUAUGGAGAGAGCAGUUUUAAAUCUGGAGGAAAUGGUUCUGAGGCGUCUGAAAGCAACCUGUGUUUCCCCUGGAUCCUGGACGUCUUUGAACUUGCUGCUUUUGACUUUUACAAAGUGAUUGAGAGUUUCAUCAAAGCUGAGCCCACUUUGAGCAAAGACAUCGUCAAACAUCUGGAGACCUGUGAAAAUCUCAUCAUGGAGAAGAUUGCGUGGCUUACGGACUCCCCACUCUUUGAUCUUCUGAAGCACGAGCAGGAUGCUGGUGCAGCUGAGAUGCCUUUGGAAACUCCAGGCAGCAUGAACCUACCACUGCAGCACAACCACACCGCUGCUGAUCUAUAUUUGUCUCCUUUGCGCCCGGGUACUCGGGUACUACCUCCUGAGUCUGCUACCGCCAGCUCCCAGGCCCCUGCACCGCCCCAAAUCCAACCCCCUCAGCCACCUCGACACGCAAAAUCCAACUCUCUUGGUCUGUUCUACAAAAAAUUGUAUCGCCUGGCCUACACACGGCUGAAGAUGCUCUGCUCCUAUCUGCUUUCAAUUCACUCUGACCUGGAGCCCAUCAUCUGGACCCUAUUCCAGCACACACUGCAGCACGAGUACGAGCUCAUGAAGAACCGCCAUCUUGACCAGUUAAUGAUGUCGGCCAUGUAUGCCAUCGCCAAAGUGAAAAGUACCGAUCUGCGCUUUAAGACAAUUGUUUCAGCCUACAAGAACAUGCCGAACACUAAGCAAGAGACCUUUAAGCAAGUGCUGAUCUCCGAUGGCAACUACGACUCCAUCAUUGUCUUUUACAACCAGGUCUUCAUGCAGAAACUCAAAACAAACAUUCUCCAGUAUGCCUCCCCAAGGCCUCCAACUCUCUCUCCAAUCCCACAAAUCCCUCGCAGUCCGUAUAAAUUCCCAAACUCUCCCCUUCGAGUCCCGGGAAGCAACAACGUGUACAUCUCCCCGAUGAAGAGCGCCCACAUGUCGCCGUGCAUCAUGACCCCUCGCUCCAGGAUGCUCGUGUCCAUCGGGGAAUCAUUCGGGUUGUCGAACCGCUUUCAAAAGAUUAACCAGAUGGUGAACAGCAGCGAUCGCUCCUUCAAACGGACGCUGGAUCUGGGGCCCAGUCUGAAGCCUUUAAAGAGGUUACGCUUCGAUGUGGACGGUCAGGACGAAGCUGACGGCAGCAAAUCUAGCGGCGACUCUACUCUGAUCCAGAAGCUCGCUGAAAUGAGCUCGACCCGGAGCCGAAUGCAGGAGCAGAAGAUGAGGGAGGACGCGGAGUUAAAGCAGGAGCCAAAGUAA